AUGAUAUCGUCGUCCACCCUCGCUUUCCCCACGCUUCGCAUCCGGAGCCCCUCCCUCCCGUCUUCGUCGUCGUCGUCCUCAUCUUCCCGUCCUAGCCGUCGCCUACUCUGGCCCCGCUGCGCAACGACUGCGGUGCCACCGCCGGCAGCUGCAGCGACGCUCUACGACGUCCUCGGGAUCCCUGCCAGCGCCACGGUCGGGGAGAUCAAGGCGGCGUACCGGCGGCUUGCGCGGGUGUGCCAUCCAGACGUGGCCGCGGCUAGCAGGGCCGCGCCCGCGGACGAGUUCAUUCGGGUCCAUGCCGCCUACGCCACGCUCACCGACCCGGAGAAGCGCGUAGAGUACGACCGCAGGGUAAUGGCAGCGGCCGCGUCGUCGAUGGCGUCCGCGACCGUGGGGCGGCGGCCCCCGGGGCAGUUCUACUCCUCAAGUCCACGUCGGAUGUGGGAGACAGACCAGUGCUGGUAG